AUGGUUAAGAAGUGGUUUACUGAGUUCCGUUGUGGUCGUACCAGCACAAGUGACGCCGAACGUUCAGGUUGCCCAAAAGAGGUCAUCACGCCAGUAAUCGUCGAUAAAAUCCAUAGAAUGAUAUUGGACGAUAGGAGAGUGAAAGUGCGUGAGGUGGCUGAGGCUCUAGGCAUCUCAACUGAGCAGGUACAUCACAUUUCACAUGAAUAUUUGGACAUAAAAAAAUUAUCCGCUAGAUGGGUGCCACGAUUGUUUAUAAUCGACCAUAAGCGCAACCGUGUGACCACUUCAAAGGAGUGUUUGACGAUGUUCAACCGCAAACCGAACGAGUUUUUGCACCGUUUUGUAACCGUGGACGAAACGUGGAUCUAUCACAACACUUUAGAGACGAAGGAACAAUCGAAGCAGUGGGAUUAUUCGUGUGAACGUGCACCAAAGAAGGCCAACGUAGGUCUGUAG